AGUUCUACUUUUUUGUGGAGAGAGAAACACAGCUCUUGACUCUAUUUUUACUUUAUUUUUUUAAGCACUGCUGACAGAGUUAAGAUAACUUUUUAUUAUACCAUGUAUAACUAUGAAAUAGCAUUAAUAGGGGAAGGAUGUAAUAAAUUAAACAUUUCUUCAUUUUAGAGAGAGAAGAUGGAAACAUCAUUGGUUUUCUUUCCUCAAUUAAAUAUGUGUGAAUCAAAAGAAAAAGCUUUUUUCAAGUUAAUACAUGGUUCAGGAAAAGAAGAAACAAGCAAAGAAGCGAAAAUCAGAGCUAAGGAAAAAAGAAAUAGGUUAAGUCUUCUUGUGCAGAAACCUGAGUUUCAUGAAGAAACCCACUCCAAUAGAUCUGGGCAAUUGGCCAAAGAAACAAGAGUCUCCCCUGAAGAAGCAGUGAUAUGGGGUGAAUCAUUUGACAAACUGCUUUCCCAUAAAGAUGGACUGAAGACUUUUACCACAUUCCUUAAAACUGAAUUCAGUGAGGAAAACAUUGAAUUUUGGAUAGCCUGUGAAGAUUUCAAGAAAAGUAAAGACCCUCAACAAAUUAUCAUUAAAGCAAAAGCAAUAUAUGAGAAAUUUAUACAGAAUGAUGCUCCCCAAGAGGUUAACCUUGAUUUUCACACCAAAGAAGUCAUUAGCAAGAGCAUCACCCAACCUACCCUACACAGUUUUGAUGCUGCGCAAAGCAGAGUGUAUCAGCUUAUGGAACAAGACAGUUACACACGUUUUCUGAAAUCUGAUAUAUAUUUAGACUUGAUAGAAGGAAGACCUCAGAGACCAACAAAUCUUAGAAGACGAUCACGCUCAUUCACCUGUACGGAGUUCCAAGAUGUAAAGUCAGAUGUUGCCAUUUGGUUAUAAAGAAAAUUAAUUGUGUUCAUUUUGGUGGCAAACCUGUAAUCUGCUUUUAAGAUAUAGCAUGUUUACUUCUAACAAAUGAGUACAUGUUUUAAAAUAAAAUGCGUUGUGUCAAAGGAUUUUAAAAAUGGAAAUCAAAACUUAACAUUAUAACAACACAUACUAUAUCUGCCAGUAUAUUCUGUAAAGCCUCCAUUUGACUUAAUUCCAUUCAUAAUCAGAAAAACAUAUUACUUAAUGGAAAGAAAGUAAAGAAGUAAUAAGAAUGUGUUAUAAGACUGUAAAGUUGAGUUAAAGUUAAGCUUUUGCAAAAUUGUCUAUACUUAGACCAAAUAUCUACUUUGGAUAUUUUUUCUACAUGUAAAGAAAGUUAAUGUUCAGAUAUCCAUAUAUUCAGAACACAUUAUCCAUAAUGACGAAGACUCUUUCACUCUCAGUCAUAGAGAGUAGAAGUGAUCUGGUUCUUAUAAUAGGAGAGGACAAUCAUUGUUCUUGGGUUACUAACCCUGUUUCAAGAAUAAACAAUGUAUCACUUCUAGUUAUAAGCCAGAAACAGGAACUUUGGGGAAGACACAUUCACCUCUGUAGAACUUCCAGGUUAAACAUGACCCACAUUGAUA